AUGGAUGUGGAAGGAGAGAAUGAAGCGUUGCAGCAAUUCUUUGAAGCACAUGGGACUAAUGAGACUCUGGGCAACCCAAUGUUGGAUACAAAUCUACUGGAAGAGUUCCUGGGAAGUGACUUUGAUUUGGGAGCCUUGCAGAACCAGCUACCUGACACUCCCCCCUACUCUGGAUCAGAUCCUAGCCCUCCUCCUCAGGUCAAAGGUGCUGAUGCUAGACCUCUUACUAUGUUACAGCACCCCACGCCUGAAAAGAUGCUUCCUAACCCUUCUGAGAACAUAUAUGAAAUGGAUUCCAUUGGCUAUCCUUCUAGUGGGUUCCAUGACUGUUGUAUGAAGAUCAGUAACCCUGAGGCUCCUUGGGAUCAACCUACAUCUUCCUACUUGGCCUCAAAUUGUUCUUAUCCCCAACAAAGGCUGCACCACAGCCCAGGGGUCUUACCACCACCAACUAAGAAGAGAAAGCAUUCUCAGGUGCUAGAAGAGGAGGAGGAGGAGAACUGUCUGUUGUGGGCUAGAGAUUACAAAACAAUGGUGGGCAGGGAUUAUAGUGCAGAAGCUCAUGAAAAUGGUGGCGAUGGACAGAACGCGGCCUCUUUGGAUAAAGGCAGUUCUUCCCUGAAAUGGCAGCCAUAUCAAGCUACUCCCUGGCACAAUUUACUGAACAGUCAUUAUGAAAAACUCCCCGAUGUAGGCUACAGUGUGGUCACAGACAAAGGAUUUAAUUUCUCUGUGGCAGAUGAGGCUUUUGUUUGUCAGAAGAAGAAUCAUUUCCAGAUCACUGUCCACGUCCAGGUUUGGGGCAAUCCACAAUUUGUCAAAACCCAAAUGGGGGUAAAGCCGAUAGAAAUGUUUUACUUGAAAGCUUUUGGAGUGAAGGUAGAGGCCACCAAUCAGAUAGUUGCCAUUGAACAGUCCCAAUCAGACCGGAGCAAAAGGAUUUUCAAUCCUUACAAAAUUGAUCUACCAGGAGACCAAGUGACCAAAGUAACUCUGGGAAGAUUACACUUCAGUGAGACGACAGCCAAUAAUAUGAGAAAGAAGGGAAAGCCCAACCCUGACCAGAGAUAUUUUAUGUUGGUGGUUGGACUCUAUGCUGCUAAUCAAGAUCAGCUGUACUUGUUGACGGCUCACAUCUCUGAGAGGAUAAUUGUCAGGGCAUCUAACCCGGGGCAAUUUGAGAAUGACAGUGACGUGUUAUGGCAGCGAGGACACGUCCCAGAAUCUGUUGUCUGUCACGGGCGAAUAGGAAUUAACACAGAUGCUCCUGAUGAAGCCCUGGUUGUCUGUGGCAAUAUGAAAGUGAUGGGAACAGUCAUGCACCCGUCUGACAGCCGGGUAAAAGAGAAUAUCCAAGAGGUUGACGCAAAUGAACAGCUCCGAAGAAUAAACAGAAUGAGAAUUGUUGAAUAUGACUACAAACCAGAAUUUGCAUCGGUAAUGGGAAUAAACAGUAUUCAUCAGACAGGGUUGAUAGCCCAAGAGGUACAAGAGGUCUUACCCAGGGCAGUCAGAGAAGUUGGUGAUAUUACAUGUGAAAAUGGAGAGAAAUUGGAGAACUUCCUCAUGGUUGAUAAGGAUCAGAUCUUCAUGGAGAACAUAGGUGCAGUUAAACAGCUCUGUAAAUUAACGAAUAACCUUGAAGAAAGGAUUGAAGAGCUAGAAAUCUGGAGCAAAAAGCUGGCCAGUUUGAAGCGUCUUAGCAGCAUGAAGUCCACGGCCAGCGGAGGGAGUUCACUCAGCAAAUUUAGCCGAACCGGGGGAGCUUCUUCUGUAAGGAGAAAAGCUCCUGCUAAAACCAACAAGGUAAGCCUGGACUGGAGGAAUAAACAGGCAUGGAUUUUCCAGAUCUUGGUUAUUACUCUGAUUGCUGUGAUGGUACUCUGUGCCUUGACGAUAGUCUUUCUUUAUGUACUUAGUUUACGACAUCAAGACCGGAACCAAAAUAUUAUUUCUGGCGGUGUAACGAGCUCCCUGACAUCAGUCCUCCCUCCAUAUACGACUCCAACAGCAUCAAAUACAUCUCUAGCAACUCCCAAACCCUUCUUCCUGAGUCUCGAAGUCACUUACUGUGAGAUAUUGCCUUGUUACAGUACUUACUGUUGUCCUCUGAGUGAGGCCAAAAGAGUCCUAAGAAGUUCUAUGGGAAAGAAGAUUAAGGAGGAGAACGUAGACAUCCAUCAAAGGCAAUCUGCAGGACACAGAAGCAAGGCAGUCACAGGACGAGGCUUACCAACUCAACUUGACUGGGGAAGUGACUGGAUUGAUACGACCAUCAGUUCCAUUCAGAUUUUGGAAAUUCAGCACAAAAUUGACCACCGUUAUUGCAGUGAAAGCCUCCAGUGUGGGUCUGGAAAGUACAACUACCAUAUUCCUGUUAACAAGCACACCCCUACCAAUGUAAAGUUUUCAUUGGAAAUCAACACAACAGAGCCACUGAUUGUCUUCCAGUGCGAAGUCACCCUUGGAAAUACAUGUUUCCAAAGGAAAAGGGAUGCAAAUGGAAUCUAUAGCCAGCAGGAGGUUUUCCAAGAGACUACACAGGGAUGUCAGCACAUUUGGAGUCUCCCCGUAGCCCCGUUUUCUGACAGUGUGUAUCAUUUCCGAGUAUCUGCACCGGAUUUGGCAGACUGCUCCACAGACCCUUACUUUGCUGGGAUAUUUUUCACAGAUUACUACUUUUAUUUUUAUCGACAUUGCAGCUAA